UCUUUGAUCUACGUCAAAUGUCUUCUUCAAAUGAUAUUGUGCUGUUCGCAUAACCAUGAAAUUAAUCAAGAUCAGUAUUGACAAGGGGAUUUAUAUCUGAGAUAAUUGCUCAUUCAUGUUCCUGAACAACAUGAUUUAAGUAACGAUAAUUAUGAUCACAAUCAAUACAGGGGAACCAACAAGGAGUGAAUUCUUUCAAUUUUGAGGUUACCGCACAUAACAUGAAUAGUUGAACAAUUCUGCGGAUUUAUCGGUUUCAGUGUUUUUUAAUUUUAUGGAAAAGAUGUCCAGGAUGUUGAACUGCUUCAGGAGUAUAAACUAUGUUUAUCUGGUGGUGCUGUCAGGUAAUUUUCUGGCCCUGACCGGAGAUGCGUCGAUUGCUUGGCCAUCGCCAGUACUGGCCAAACUUACCAGCAACGGCACAGACAACCCCCUGGGUGAACCGAUAAGUAAAGACGAACAGUCCUGGAUAGCCUCCAUCAGUGGAUUUGGAUCGCUCAUCGGUAUCAUACCAUUUUGCUUUCUGCCAGAUAUGAUCGGGAGGAAACCCAGCCUGCUGCUCAUUGCCAUCCCGCACAUGCUGUCCUUCGGACUGUCGGCGUUCGCGAGUACGAUUCAGUUGUUUUACGUGGCGAGGUUCUUCAGCGGAGUGUCCAUUUGCGCCUGCUACAUCGUGUUGCCCAUGUACGUCGCCGAAGUCUCGGAGAAUUCGAACAGGGGCCUCAUGCUCGUGUCUUUCGCUAUUUUCUCCAACUUUGGAAGCUUGUUAAGCUACGUUACGGGUCCUUACUUCUCCAUGUUCUGGUUCAACAUGUUCCUGUUGAUGUUUCCGACGGCGUUCUUCAUCCUAUUCUUGUUCAUCGCACCGGAGUCUCCAUAUUUUUACGUCUUGAAGAAAGAUUACACAGGGGCUGUGAGGUCUAUCGAGAAACUCAGGUGUAACAAUUACUACAAGAACUCCGAACUGGAGUUGAGGAAUAUACGGGUCGAAGUCGAAAACGCUGAGCGUGGCAACAUUUUGAACACCCUGUCCAAGAGGCACGCCAUCAAGGGUAGCUUGAUAGCUCUGGUGUUGACUUCCUUUCAGCAAUUGUCGGGAUACGCGGUUUUCAUACCCUACACCCAGCCAAUCUUCAUACAGGCGGGAAGCAGCAUCAGCAACUCCGCCAUAAGUUCUAUGAUCGUCGGCAGUGUAGCAUUUUUCUCCAGCUUUUUAUGCCCGUUCAUAAUCGAUAAAAAAGGUCGCAGAUUCGUUUUGACCAUAUCGAUUUGCGGUAUCAUCAUUUCGGAGAUAAUUUUCGGUGGUUUUUACUACAUGGUUUACCAGAAUUACGACACAGACUCUAUCAAGUGGAUUCCUUUAGCCUGUCUGAUGGGAUACAUGCUUUUCUUUACGUUCGGCUUAGGGCCACUACCACUGACGGUCACUUCAGAAAUUUUACCGGGAAACAUAAAGUUUUUGGUUUCAACCAUAGCAGGCUCCUUAGGGACCAUAUGUUCGAUGUUGCUCCAGAAAAACUACUAUUUUUUGAAUGAUAAUUUGCAGUACUUUGGAACUAUUUGGAUGUUUGCCGGACUUUGCACGUUUCUGUUGAUUUUUGUAGUACUGGUACUCCCUGAAACGAAAGGAAAAAGUUUCACGGAAAUUUUAGAAAAAUUAGAUAAAUAAAUAGUUGAACGAAAUAUUUGUAUCUUCCAACAAUGUUGUCGUUAUGAGAGAUCAUCGGUGACUUAGCAAAGAUUCCACCAAAGUGUGACUUGAUAAUGAUAUUUAUAUGACUUUUUUACUGAAGAAUUUUAGAAUCCAUUUUUUGUUUUGGGAACACUUUUAGAUAUUACUAUAUGAACGUGGAUAAUUUGAAAAAAUUGAUAUGAAAAUAUGUUUAUAAUGUAACUGUGAUUUUGAACUUUUUACUUUUGGUGGGAGUUGUAUGCUCCUAGUAGGAAAUUUUCAAAUAUUUAACCUUAAUUUAUUAGUUUGACAUGGAACUCGAUUAUUUCAAUAUGGUUCAGUUCCAAUUUUUUCUUCAACAACACAAUACUCCUGGGGAAAUUAAUCUAGGUAUGAAUUAUUUCAUUGUUAUUCAUUAAGAAUUAUGAAAUGUAAGCAAGAGAAAUUGAUGAACAUAUUUUCUUGUACAUAUAAAGGUUUAUAUUUAGGAUUGUUUAAAAAUAGUGACUAAAUGUACCCCUUGGAAUAGUUGAAUAAUUCUGGAACCAAAAAAGGAAAAUUUCUAAUAAAAUGUUUGGGAAUUUUCUUAAUUUAGCGAAAUUUCAUUUUCUUAAGUUGUUGGAGAGAAAUUUAAACCCAAUAAUGCAUUGCAAAUAUAAUGAAUAAAUUAUAAUUAGUUAGAUGAUCGAAAGAAGAAGCCUUUGAAAGUCAAUUUUUACUUUUAUAAAUAAUACAAAGCCAUUCUACACAUCAAAUAAAAUCAAAUAACAAACAGUUGCUCAUCGCAAUAAUUGAUUUUCCAUCUCUUAUCACCAUAUAUUUUCUUGAAUAAAUGAGUGAGUUGAUAUAUUCUUUCUUUCAAUUUCGAUCAUCCCCACUGUGACAGAAAAUUUUUUAUAAUUGUUGAUUUACUUGAAGUAUUAUUGAUUAAUAGUUUAGUGUGAUUUCAGUUCCUCAUUUACUGAUUAAUUUAUAGAUGCUUUUAUAUAGUUAUUGUUGUAUUUACAUUACAUAUUAGUUGGAAUUAUUUUAGAGCAGUGUUCUCAUUUAUUAAUCACUGUUCAUAUUUGUAUCUCUUCAGAUCAAUUUCUGAUGAAUAAAUACAAUUUUUUUGGUUAA